AGCGUCCUGGCUCAGCCCGCGGUGGGUGCUGCUGCUGCUGCUUCCCCCCGCCAGUCUCCCCGGCCCGCCCCGCGGAACAUGAUCGUGGAAAGCAACCGGGAGGCGCCGGCCGACGGCGACUCCGGCUCCAUGAGCAGCCCCCUCAACCUGGCCUAUUUCUAUAGCGCCUCCCCCUACUCCAGUGAUGGCAGCUGCUCGCCGGCUCACUCCGCCCCGGGGUCGCCCGGCUCCGGCUCCGACUCCGAGCUGUCCGUCUGCAGCGGCGGCGGCGGCCGGAGGAGGGACUCCCUGGAGAGCGGCCGCCAAGCCCUGCAAGCUGAACACCGCAUGGGGGGAGGAAAGCAGCACAGAGGACCUUUCCAAGGGGUUCGUGUGAAAAAUUCAGUGAAGGAGCUCCUAUUGCACAUUAGAAGCAACAAAAAGAUGUCCUCAGGCCAUGUUGCUGAUGAAUUCAAGGCACAAGCAGGAUUGAUGAACUACGAACAGUUUACAGAGUUGAAGAACAUACUCUCUCACAGUGGUAAACGAAAGGCUCAUGAGUCUCUCUGUGAUGGACCCAGUUACAAAAGACCAGCUACUUUCCAUUCUCACCUCUUGACACCACCACAGACACCAACCUCUAUGGAUAACAUGGAAGAAGCCCAUAAAAGUGAUCCAAAACAUAACUGUUCUGACAUGCUUCUGAACAUUAUAAAUAUUAAGAAUGAGUCAAAUCCUGUUUCUCUGAACACAGUGCAGGUCAGCUGGCUGCACAGCAUAUCUAACCAUAACUCACCAGGUGAACGAUAUCAGGAUAUCCACGGGGCACAGGCUUUCUCCCCGUCUGAGAACUACCAAGCCUUCCAAGCCAAUAGUCCCCAACAAAUGCUGGAUCCACCCCAGAAUUACCAGUUUUCUUCCUCACAGACCCAGGAUUUGCCACAGAAAUAUACUCAAGAUUCAUUACUGGAAUACAGGCCAUUUUCGGGCAAUGACCAAUCCCCUACCUACCAACAGAACGUCUUUGAAAGCCACGAACUGCCGUAUUGCCCAGGCCAAAGUUUCGCAUCUCUCUUGAAUGAAUCUGAACACUCGGAGAAUAUACUCCAGCCUUUAACCACUGCCCAUCAGCAAUCUGAUGUCAAUGCCCCCGCUCAGAAUUUUGGCCUAGUGCAAAAUAACUGCAGUACACUCGAUGGACAUAAUUCAUCUCUGGCUGCUCUGAAUGUCUCUCUACAACACCAAGGUAUUGUCAGAAACACGACACAGCUGGGCAAGUCAUUCUUUCAGUGGCAAGUGGAACAGGAAGAGAACAAACUGGCCAACAUCUCUCAAGAGCAGAUCCUUGCAAAAGACUCAGAUGGGGACACGUUCCUUCACAUUGCUGUUGCCCAGGGCCGACGGGCUCUUUCCUAUGUUCUUGCUAGAAAGAUGGCUGCUCUGCACAUGUUGGAUAUUAAAGAACACAAUGGCCAGAGUGCCUUUCAGGUGGCCGUGGCUGCCAAUCAGCAUCUUAUUGUCCAGGACCUGGUUAGCCUGGGGGCCCAAGUGAACACCACAGACUGCUGGGGUAGAACGCCUUUGCAUGUUUGUGCUGAGAAGGGGCAUUCUCAAGUCCUUCAGGCAAUCCAGAAGGGAGCCGAUGGAAGUAAUCAGUAUGUGGCCCUUGAGGCGACAAACUAUGAUGGGUUCACAGCUUUGCACUGUGCAGUGCUGGCCCAUAACGCUGUGGUGCACGAACUCCGGAACAGUCAGCCGCCGCACUCUCCUGAAGUCCAGGAGCUUUUGUUGAAAAACAAGAGCCUGGUGGACACCAUCAAAGCUCUGAUCCAAAUGGGAGCCUCUGUUGAAGCAAAAGAUGGUAAAAGUGGUCGCUCGGCUCUGCAUUUGGCAGCAGAAGAAGCCAAUCUGGAGCUUAUUCGUUUCUUUUUGGAUCAACCUAACUGCCUCUCUUUCGUUAACGCAAAGGCUUACAAUGGCAACACAGCACUCCAUGUGGCUGCCAGCCUGCAGUAUCGGUUGACUCAGUUGGAUGCAGUUCGUCUGCUGAUGCGAAAGGGAGCUGAUCCAAGUGCUAGAAACUUGGAGAAUGAGCAGCCAGUUCACCUGGUUCCUGAUGGCCCUGUAGGAGAACAGAUACGACGUAUCCUGAAGGGGAAGGCGGUUCAGCAAAGAGCUUCACCAUAUUAAACUCCUUGUGUCUUGGAGUUCAGUACACUCACUGUCAGUUAGGCAGUCCUAAUGUAUCUGUAAAUAGACCAUUUGCCUUGUGGAGGCAAAUGUGAGUUGUUUCUAUGAAACAAAAGUAUUUAGUUCACUAUCAUAUAGUGGGUUAUGUUAACAAUUCAAAUUCCUCUGAACAGAUGGGAAUGUUCCAUACUCAGGUGUCUGAAUACCUGGAUUUAAUAGCUGUGGCAAGCUGACUUAUUUAAACCGUUUAACUAGUUCUGAGGCAAGGACGAUUGUAUUGAAGGUUUUUUUGUAUUUAGAUAGGUAUGAGAUAAAUGGCAACAAUGUGUGAUUAAAAAAGAACUGAACAAUCUUAACUUAUGGAGAAAAACUAAUAUUAAUUUUAGAGGCCAACAGAAUAUUUAUAUUUCUCAGUGUCUUAUGGUGUACUGUAUAUAAAUCAGUAGCAUUAUCCUGCUAUUCCGUAGUUCUUUGUAAUUUGCUUGAAAUGAACUAAAAAGAAACAAGUGUUUCAAAUGUAAAACUUUGUAUUGUGGAUUGCACAUUGAAUUCUAAUAUUAUGCUUGUACAGAUAGAUGAAAUUCAUUAUGUAUGAUUGUGGGG